AUGUUAGCCCUCCUGGGAGAGAUAGAGUGGAGGACGAAGCAGAACCUGGACUACUGUUUCCUGAUGAUGUACGCUCAGUCUAAAGGAACUUACUACGUCCAGGUAGAAAACUUUCACAAUAAAAGCCUAAAGAACACACACAAACUAUCUAGGCUGCAGCAAUGUGCAGUACAACAAAACUUGAUGGGAUGGAUGAUCCUCAGGUUCUCUCAGCUCGCUUCUCGUUGUAAGAUGUUCAAGUCGUUGGACCUGUCGCUCAUCGUGGAGUUCAUGCUGAUGUUCUACAAAGACAAACCCAUCGACUGGCUGCUGGACCACAUCAUGUGGGUCAAGGUGUGCAACCCGGAGAAGGAUGCCAAACACUGCGACAGGCAGAAGGCAAACCUGAGGAUUCGGUUCAAACCGUCUCUCUUCCAACAUGUCGGCACGCACUCGUCUCUGGCUGGAAAAAUACAGAAACUCAAGGAUAAGGACUUUGGGAAACAGACCCUCCAUAAGGGUCACGCUAACCCGCUGGCCGAGGUGACCACCAGCCUGAAGACCUACCAGCACUUCACCCUGGAGAAAGCCUACCUGGGGGAGGACUUCUUCUGGGCCUUCACGCCCGUAGCAGGCGACUUCAUACGGAUACGCUUCUUCACACCUGUCCGCAUCGAGAGGUAUUUCUUUCGCAGCGGGAACAUCGAACAUCCGGGAGACAAACUCUUCAACACAUCGGUGGAGGUUCUGCCGUUCGACAAUAUUCAGGCAGAGAAAGAGGCCUUGACAGACGGGAGGGAGAAAACACCAAAGUACCAUCGGACAGAAGAUGGAUUCAUCAGAAUCGGAACGUUUAAGAACGGUAUCGCGGAGGGAGAGGUGGACGCCAGUUUCGGGCCCCUGGAGGCCAUGCGUCUCUCCGUUCUGACGGACUCCCCGGUCUGGGUCAUCCUCAGCGAGAUCUUCAUAAAGAAAGCCGAGUGAAGCUCCCCCCCCCCCCCCCCCCU